AUGACAUUGAUCAUCCACUAUUUGAGGAUAUGGUGGCAUUACUUGUUGGGUAGUCAAUUCACUAUAUUUACUGAUAAUGUGGCAAACACUUCUCAUCACAGCCAAGACUCACAAGCAAGCAAACAAAAUGGCAACAAUUCUUGACGGAAUACAAUUUUGACAUCUAUCAUAACCUAGUGGCCCAAAACGUCAUGACUGAUGCCCUCAACCACAGGGCAACGACAAUAGAGAGAUCAAUGCGGCCAAUACAAUAGAAUCAACCAUGGAUCUACUACAAGUUAGGAUGAUAUGUGAAUAGGACUUCUACGCUUAGAAGAUGUUCACUCACAUUCAAGCUGAUACAACACGGUGGUACUGGUUUGAGGAUGGGUUGAUAUUCAUAAGGGGGCAGUGAUAUACAUCCCAACAAUUGAGGACCUCCGACGAAAGCUAACAACGAAGGCACAUGACACUCAGUUGUCGGGACACCCAAGUCAACAACGUACUUUGGCUGUACUAAGUAGAGACUACUUCUGCCCAAUGAUAGAGAAUGACGUAGAAGCCUACGUUGACUCAUGCAUAAUCUACCAGCAAGACAAAACGGAAUGGCGCCGUCUAGUAAGAUUGUUGUAAUUUUUGCAUAUUUUAGAGGUACCAUAGCACACCAUUACCCUUGACUUUAUCAUUAACUUGUUGAAGAAUGAGGAGGCCGACUCCAUACUUGUGAUCGUUGAUAAACUCACGAAGUACGGGAUAUUUGUGGCUACCAAUCGGCACUCCUUGACCGAGGAAGCAUCACAAUUGAUUAUUAAGCAUGUGGUCAAGCAUUGGGGACUAUCCUGAAGGAUCAUAUUUGAUAGAGAUGCACACUUCGCCGAAAAAUUAUGGAAGGUCUUGUUCACUAAAUUAGGAACACAAUUACAUUUCUCCAUAGCAUAUCAUCCACAGACAAAUUGUCAAAUGAAAUGCAUCAACAAUAUGUUGGAGGAAUAUCUUAGACACUAUGUCUCGACAAAGUAAGACAAAUGGACAGAGCCAUUGGAUUUAGCACAAUUAGUGUACAACCUCCAACGAAGUAGUGCCACGGACUACUCUCCCUUCGAGCUAGUCAUGGGCCACCAACCUUUGAUGCCCCUCCAACUAUUAGACGCCCCUAAGAAGCACCACGCAGCCACCAGACUCAUGACAGAGCACAUGGACAUGCUAGAGACAGCAAAGGACAAUCUCCAGCAAGUAGUGAAUCAAAUGAAAAAGUAGGCGGACAAACACCGACGAGAAGUCAAGCUUCAGCUAGGGGACAAGGUGCUACUUCCGAUGAAUCUUGAGAUUCAUCGAUGCAUGAAAGAUACUACCAAAAGUCGAAGCUUACUUCCACAGUUUGAAGGGCCUUUCACCGUCUUGGAGCGAAUUGGCUUAGUAACAUAAAGAGUACAGCUACCCCCAAGGUUGUCCAUACACGAUAUUUCACGUAUCAUUAUUGAAGAGAUACAAAGCCGACCAAAAGAACCCAAAAAGGAACAAAGCCAUGCGACAACCUCCAUCAGUCAUAACAGCCUUCUCAAAGGAAAUAGGUGAUAUUCUGGCCCACAAGUUCACCAAUGGAGGUGGCCACCACAAUGUGCAAAAGCACACCGAAUUCCUCAUAUGA